AUGGUAGUCACUGCACACUUUAUUGAUGGGGAUUGGACUUACCAAAAGAAAAUCUUGAACUUUUGCCCUAUAGCUAAUCACAAAGGGGACACCAUAGGUAGAGCAAUUGAGUCAUGUUUGUUGAAGUGGGGUAUAGACCGAUUGUUUACAAUCGCCGCGGACAAUGCUAGUUCUAAUGAGGUGGCAAUUGAUUAUGUGAAGAAGAAAACAAAAGAAAGAGAUAGUAGCAUAUUGGGUGGUGAGUUCAUGCAUAUGCGUUGUUGUGCGCAUAUCUUGAAUUUGAUUGUGCAAAGUGGGUUGAAGUCCAUUCAUGAAUCAAUUGUCAAAGUUUGGAAUGCGGUGCGAUUUGUGAGAGCUUCUCCCUCAAGGUUUGAGAAGUUUCAAGAAUGUGUUGAAAAUGAGAAAAUCAAAGCCAAAUGUUUGUUGUCCCUUGAUGUGCCAACAAGGUGGAGUUCCACUUAUCUCAUGUUAGAUUGUGCUUUGAAAUUUGUGAGAGCAUUUGAUAGGUUGGAAGAGGAGGAUGAGCAUUACAAACUUUAUUUUUGUGAAGCGGAUGGGAAUGGGAAAAAGCCCAUUGGUCCUCCUAACUAUCUUGAUUGGGAAAAUGUCAAGACCUUUGUGAAAUUUCUAGGCAUAUUUUAUGAGGCGACACUUAGAUUUUCUGGGUCCUUGUAUAGAUUGAAGUAUGUAAAGUUUUGGUUUAGGGAGUGGUAUGGAAAGGACAAGGGGGAUGCGAUGAGCUCUAAAGUUCAGGAUGCAUUGAAGAGGUUGUAUGUGGAGAGAGUGGGACAAAAUGGAGCUUCGAGUUCUAGUGGUAGUGGUGCUUCAUUGUCUAGGGACUCUAGGCCAAGUGUUGGCAAUGCUUCAUUGUCUGAUCGCAUUAAAAGUUAUAACAAUAGGUUUAAGCAACACUUGGCGGACGAGGACAGUGUGGAAAGCAAAUCUAAGUUGGAUAGGUAUUUGUUGGAAUCUUCUGAGGACCCUGAUGUGGAAGAUUUUGACAUCUUGAUGUGGUGGAAAAUGAAUUCUUCUAGAAAUCGAGUCCUUUCCCAAAUUGCACGUGAUGUGUUGGCUAUUCUUGUCUCUACAGUUGCAUCCGAGUUUUGCUUAUAG